CAGCGGGGCGCCGGCAGGAGCUAGCAGCGUCUGCAGCCGCGCCGGCCGCCCGCGCCCCGGCGCGCUCCGGCUCGGCCAUGGAGCUGCCAGCUGUUGGCGAGCACGUCUUCGCGGUGGAGAGCAUCGAGAAGAAGCGGAUCCGCAAGGGCAGAGUGGAGUAUCUGGUGAAAUGGAGAGGCUGGUCCCCCAAAUAUAACACGUGGGAACCCGAGGAGAACAUCCUGGAUCCCCGGCUGCUGAUCGCCUUCCAGAACAGGGAACGGCAGGAGCAGCUGAUGGGGUAUCGGAAGAGAGGGCCGAAGCCCAAACCGCUGGUAGUGCAGGUACCUACCUUUGCCCGCCGCUCCAACGUGCUGACUGGUCUCCAGGACUCAUCGGCAGACAACCGCUCUAAGCUGGAGCUGGGCGGUCAAGGCAAGGGCCAGGGCCACCAGUACGAGCUCAACAGCAAGAAGCACCACCAGUACCAGCCGCACAGCAAGGAGCGAGCCGGGAAACCCCCACCGCCGGGCAAGAGUGGCAAGUACUACUACCAGCUCAACAGCAAGAAGCACCACCCCUACCAGCCCGACCCCAAAAUGUACGACCUGCAGUACCAGGGCGGCCACAAGGAGGCGCCCAGCCCCACUUGCCCGGACCUGGGCGCCAAGAGCCACCCGCCCGACAAGUGGGCACACGGCGCGGGGGCCAAGGGCUACCUGGGAGCUGUGAAGCCCCUGGCAGGUGCGGCCGGGGCUCCCGGCAAGGGCUCAGAGAAGGGCCCCCCCAACGGGAUGACCCCGGCCCCCAAAGAGGCAGUGACGGGCAACGGGAUUGGAGGCAAGAUGAAGAUCGUCAAGAACAAGAACAAGAACGGGCGCAUCGUGAUCGUCAUGAGCAAGUACAUGGAGAACGGCAUGCAGGCGGUGAAGAUCAAGUCCGGCGAGGCCGCGGAGGGCGAGGCGCGCUCCCCCAGCCACAAGAAGCGGGCCGCCGAGGAGCGCCACCCCCCGGCCGACAGGACUUUCAAAAAGGCCGUGGUGGCCGAGGAGAAGAAGGCGGAGGCCCCGGCCAAGAGGAGGGAGGAGGAGGCGCCGGGGCCCGGAGACCCGCAGCCCCAGGACGCCGCCGGCUCCCGCAAGCUGUCCCCGACCAAGGAGGCCUUCGGCGAGCAGCCCCUGCAGCUCACCACCAAGCCCGACCUGCUGGCCUGGGACCCGGCCCGGAGCUCCCACCCGCCCUCCCACCAUCACCACCACCACCACCACCAUCACCACCACCACCACGCCGUCGGCCUGAAUCUCUCCCACGCGCGCAAGCGCUGCCUCUCCGAGACCCACGGCGAGCGCGAGCCCUGCAAAAAGCGGCUCACGGCGCGCAGCAUCAGCACCCCCACCUGUCUGGGGGGGAGCCCGGCCGCCGAGCACCCCGCUGACGUGCCCCCCACCGCCACCCUCCCUCAGCCCGAGGUCAUCCUGCUGGACUCGGAUCUGGACGAGCCCAUAGACUUGCGCUGCGUCAAGACGCGCGGCGAGGCCGGGGAGCCCCCCAGCGCCCUCCAGGUGAAGCCCGAGGCGCCCGCUGCGGUGGCGGCCGUGGCAGCUGCGCCGGUGGCCGCAGCCGAGAAGCCUCUGGCUGAGGCCCAGGACGAGCCCGAGGAGCCGCUGAGCGAGUUCAAACCCUUCUUUGGGAAUAUAAUUAUCACCGAUGUCACCGCGAACUGCCUCACCGUCACGUUCAAGGAGUACGUGACGGUGUAGCUGGAGGCUCGGGAAGGGGAAGUGCCAUCCCCGCGGGUGGCUUAGCACUUGGUGCCUGGGGGCGGGCUCCUCCUCUCGCCGACCGCGGGAGCUGCGGGGCCUGCCCGGUGCGCGCACGCCCGGAGCCGCACCAUCCGUGCCCCUCUCUCUGCGGUGCGCGGCUCGCUCCGGGCUGGGGUGUGCCCCCCAGCCGCCCCCGGGCCCCUUCCACGCGGUGCCUGCGGGUCUCGCCCCCCACUGGCCCCGUCCCCGCGGUGGACCUCCCCCCAAUCGUGGACCUCCGGGACUGACCGGGAAGCCGCGCGCCUCGGUCGCAGAGUUAUAGUAUUAUAUUUUAACCGUGCUAACUCGUCAAGUGCAGACUUUACUCCCGUUUGUACGUGGUGUUAUUAUUGAAAUGUAUUGUUUGAGCUCAAAAGGCCCGAUCACCCCCUUCGGGCUGAUAUAUAUAUAUUUAUUUGUAGGUAUUUAUAUAUUGAAAUAUAAAAACCUAGAUUUAUGGAGUUUCCUCUAGAUCAUGUUAUAUUCUAUAUCAGACAAACUAUUUUCUGUUGCCCUUUCUUCCUGUUCAUUCAGUAUUUCGGUUGAUUUCAUUUCCUCCCCUUCCUGGAACUGCAAUACCAGUAACGUUGGUAUAUAUUUUUUGAUACUGUACACAUGGAUGUGUUGUUUCUAUGUGCAAAAAAAAAAAGUUUGUUUAAAGGCUAAACGAGCUCUCUAGAACCUGCUGCUACUAGAAAUGUCUAAACUAUAAGCUUCCAAUUAUUACCUGCUUGAAUGUAAAUAUUAAAUGGAGAUGUUGAAGGUGCA